AUGACUGUGUCGGAGCAAGAAAGUCCCUCACCCCUGCUUGCUUCAUCCCAGCUUUCGUCACCCUCGUCGCCCCUUCCCUGCCCCAGCCCCUGCCCCUGCUCCUGCCACACAGUCACAGCCACACUGCCUCCGCGCCCCCAACAUCCUUGCCUCACUGACAAUGCUGAAGACUUCUCGCAAUGCCUUGCACACUUCCACGACCCACAGGAAAUAGGGCCCGCCGCUCCUGAUACCUUUCACACCACCCGACACCCUGGCGCCGCACAACAAGACAGCAUGUGCCACUUACCUGUAAACGCUGUGUUGCCCCUCCCAUCACCUGCACCUCUCUCCAGCUUCCCCUCCCAAUACCUUCCCGGCUGUCAUCGCGCCUCUCCCCCUCCGUGCCCCACAAUGCUGCCCUCGUCACGUGAGACCGGCGUGCCCGUCACCCCACUACGCAGUAUCCACAUGGUAUUUGCUGAAUAUAAGCUGGUGUAG